GUGACACUGUAGUACUGUAGUAAGUACCUCCUGGUCCUUGUGGACUACUAUGGUUAUGACUGAGUCAGUACACAGUACAGUAAGUUGAAUUGCAGUAGUCUUUGGAGUGUCUUUUUCAACCUAACCUAUUUUAUUAUAUUAUUAGUUAUUGCUUUAUAUACCUACUAAGACUACUUUUGUAAUAUCAAUGAUAAAACAGAAUAAAAUAGAAAAUACAUUAGAUCGUGAUAUGUGAUGGCUCCGUCAAUGCCCAAUUUUCGUGUAAAUAUCAAUCGUUUUAUUAAUGAUUCUCUAUUAUUUCAAUAUUUAAUAAUAUUAUUUGGAGUAUUUAAUUUAUCGUUGUGUCUCUACGAGGAUCAAGUUGGAAAAUUUGAUUGGAGACAAAAUUAUGUUGGAGAAAUUAAAUUUUCAAGUUUUGACACUGUUUCUGCAGCGGCUAAAUUAAUUGUUGCUACUGAGGAAAAUGUUGUUGCUGCGUUGAAUUUAAAGUCAGGUCAAAUAUUAUGGAGAAGAGUAUUAGAACGUGGAUAUGCGGGUAAAAUUCAUGCAUUAGGUGGAAUAUCAGAUGGAGAUUUAAUAUCUGUAAGCGGUGGAGUGCCCGCUAUCGUACGUGUUUGGGAUUUAGCUACUGGACAUAUUUUAAAUGAGUGGCCUUUAGCUGAACAAAAUCCUGAAAGACUAGAUACUCCAUUCAUAUCAUUUUCUACAUUUGGAUUAUACUCAACUGAAAGAUUAGAAGAUGUCAAAUGGCACUUAAAAGAUGGCACAUUGCAUCACAUUCUACCGAUUUACAGCAGUGGUGUUGAAGUUACUUCGUAUGACAGCAAAACUGGUGAAAAAUUAGACACAAGAAAAGUUUCUGCGCCGUUUAUAACGCCGGAGACCGAAUGUGUUUUAGCGGCACCUUAUCUAGGAUGUCUUAAAGGCAAUACCUUUGAUGAUUCACUAGCCAUACUAUUUCUAGUCCACUUAUUUGAUAAUAAUUCACAACCACAGUCUAUAACAAUAAAUAAUAUAUUCGGCGCUGGUGCUAAAGGCCCAUUCCAUGUUAAAUCAAUACCUGGUGACGAAUCAGUUUUGACAAUAAUUGCUGAUGGUGAUAAUAGACAACGUAUAUUAAUACCUGGCAAUCCAGCAAAUACUAUUCCUAGAGAUAUUCCUGCAAAUGCGAAUUUGUAUGUUACAACUAUUGAUAACGAGAAAAUCUUACUUGAGACGACGUAUAAAAAUGGGGUAACAGAAAUAAAAGCUGUUAAAUUAUUAACAUCAGAACUUCUCGAAGAUUAUUCGGCAACUACGUCACAUGAAUCACUAUUCUCACCAAUCAUAAAAGCAUCUGUUUGCCCAAAAUUAAGUAAAGGAAUAAUGUGCAGGCAUCUAUUGUCAUCUGAAGAUCACAGUGUUGCAUUACUGCAGCACAAUAAAUUAAUAUGGACACGUGAAGAAGCUUUGGCUAGUAUAAUAACUGUUGAAAUGGUUGAACUACCAAUGUCUGAUCGUGACCAAACGCUUGAAACAGAGUUCGAUCAAAAAGAAAGUAUCGAUAUAGACGGUUCAUGGGAUAUUAUUGGAAUGUUUACAAGAAGACUGACGGCUCAGAUGAAUCAGGUGAGAUCAUUAUUCCAAACAACUUUUGACAUAAAUUUACCGCAAUCAAAUCAACGAGCUGAUCUUGUCAGAGAUAAAUUUGGAUUACACAAAAUGAUCGUUGUUGUAACAUCUGCCGGAAAGUUGUUUGGAAUUGAGUCAAAGAAAGGUGAAGUUAUAUGGCAGCUAAGAGUAAAUGAUAUAACUAGUCUUAAAAGUGAUGCGAAUACCAUGCUCCUGUUUGUCCAAAGAGGAAGUCGGCAUUUCCCGCACCCUCCACAGUGUGCGUUGUUAGCUUUAGAUAAGAAAUCAGGAGAAGGUGUAAUAUAUACAUUGAACCCAAUAACGGGUCAGCCAAUCGAUGGAUUAAUUAAAUUAGGAUAUAAAUUAAAACAGUCAAUGUUAUUGCAUAUAACGACGGAUGAUUUUCUUCGUCCAAUAUUACUUCUUGAUACACGUGAUAAAGUUCACGUAUUUCCAGAAAAUGCAACGGCUGUGGCAGCUUCUGUUGGUAAAAAAACAUAUUUAUUUACGGGUGAUCAAGAGACUGGUGUAUUGUCAGGAUUUUCUCUUGCAUACAGUACUUCAAAGGAAUUAGUUGCUCAUAAGGUAUGGGAGUUGGUACUGUCGCCGAAAAAUCAAAAAAUAACUCAUAUCGUCUCGAAAAAUUCUCUUGAGCACGUUCACUCACAAGGUCGUGUUCUGGGAGAUCGAUCAGUACUGUACAAGUACAUUAAUCCAAAUUUAGUUGCUAUUUUAACUCAAGGUGUUGGUAAUUCAUAUAAGAAUACACUUAAUUUGUAUCUUCUGGACGUAGUGUCCGGUGCAAUGAUAUUUUCAAUAACUCACAAACGAGUGCGUGGACCAUUUCAUAUAGUACAUUCUGAAAACUGGCUAAUUUAUAGUUACUAUAAUGAUAAGAGCCGUAGAACUGAAAUCGCAACAUUAGAGCUUUACGAGGGUAAAGUUCAAAGCAAUACCACAGUGUUCUCGUCGUUGACCACAACGCGAUUACCUUUAGUCGAAAGACAAGCAUUUAUUUUUCCUGCAACUAUUGAAACAAUGCAGGAAACUAUUACUGAGAAAGGAAUCACUAGUAAACACAUACUAGUAUCUCUUGCUAAUGGUGGAAUUUUGGAGUUACCGUGGAUGUUGGUUGAUCCAAGGCGGCCUAUUAAUCCCGAAUUAAGGGAAGAAGGUGUUAUACCUUAUAUGCCAGAGAUACCAAUCCACAUGGAUGCCAUUAUUAAUUAUAACCAAAGUGUAUUCAGGGUAUCAGGAAUUCAUACAAGUCCCAGUGGCCUUGAAAGUACUUCUUUAGUGUUUGCUCACGGUAUUGAUUUAUUUUAUACCCGUGUGGCUCCAUCAAAAACAUUUGACGUUUUGAAAGAAGACUUUGACUAUUAUCUUAUCAUAUUAGUCCUUUCGGGGCUGUUAAUAGCGUCUUACAUAACUAAAAAAUUGGCAUCGCAAAAAGCACAGAAGCAAGCGUGGAAAUAAUGUCAUCACAUCGCCAUCACAGAACAUAUUAUAAAAGAAAAACAAAAAAAAAAGUUUAUUUCAAUCACUUUCUUUUUUAAUUCGUCUUUAUUCACAAAUUAGAUAAUUCUUAUAAAUAUUUAAAUAAAAUGUCAUGGUCAUGGAUCAUGACAAUAGUAAUUUAUAAACAAGCCCCUUUUUGUAAAUGGCUCGUAUGUAAAAUAAUUUAUGAAAAAUACGUAAUGUAUGUUAAGAAAUGAUAAGAUUAUUAAAUAGGUAAAUGAAUUUGAUUUUUUUUUUUCUGUAAAGAUUACCUUCAGCGUUUUAGACACAAAUUUGUAAUGUGUUUUUUAAAUUAAAACUUUCUUUGUUUACAAAUAACUGUUUUAUUUAUUAUUGUUGUUGUAUUGUACAGUACGAUGUAUUUAUUUAUUUAAUUAUUAAUGCGAGUUUAAGAACUAGGUUUUUGUUUAUAUAAAUGUUAAAUUACAUUCGAUUAUUUUGUUUAUGAAUGAAUUAUUGUUAUAGAAGAAACAGGAAUGACAAACAGAUUUUGAUGAUGUGAUUUGCGUAAUUUCAUUUAUACACGUGGGAGUAUUUGAUAGAUAAGUAAAUGCGGGUAUUCUGAAGAGUAUUGAUUAUAACUUGCGGCUGCGCAACUACCUAAUGCCGAUCACAUGCCUACAUUCAUUAUUACGCGGGGGUACAUGAUAAGAAUAAAAAACAGAGCGAAUAGAACGCACGCGGUUCACUAUUUUAAAGACUAUUAUGUAGGAAAGUGCUAAUCUGUAAGACUGUUAAUCAUAAAUGUGUACGAAUUCAAUUUUUUUAUCUGAUUUUUUUAUCCAAUUACAGUACACGAAUAGUUACUGAUUGUCAAGUGAAAUUACAUUAUUUUGAACG